UUAGACUUUCAGUGAAAUUAGAACAUAUUAUAAUAUUUCUGAUGUUGAUGACUGCUUCAUCUUUCCCCCCCUCUUUGGCAGGAGGGAAUGACAAAGAUAAAGGAAGUUCUUGAUACUGUGAUGAAAAUUUACAUAAAGACAAUGACUGAAGAUGACGAUAAAGAAGUUGUUGCACAAGCUUGUAUGGCUGUUGCUGACAUCAUGAAGGAUUUUGGUUACAUGGCUGUUGAGCCCUAUAUCACUCAGCUUGUUGAGGCCACUUCAGUUCUAUUACGUGAACAGUCUGCUUGUCAGCUCGUAGAAUCAGAUAGUGAGGCUGAUGACGACGACACUGAACAUGACGAAGUGCUAAUGGAUGCUGUUUCUGAUCUCCUCCCUGCAUUUGCAAAGGCCAUGGGUUCCCAUUUUGCUCCCAUCUUUUCAACACUGUUCAAUCCUUUGAUGAAAUUUGCAAAAGCAUCACGCCCACCACAAGAUCGGACCAUGGUCGUUGCAACCCUUGCAGAAGUUGCUCAACACAUGGGUGCUCCAAUUGGCGGCUAUAUUGAUGCUGUGAUGUCCCUGGUUCUUAAAGAAUUAGCAUCAGCAGAUGCUACAAACCGAAGGAAUGCAGCAUUUUGUGUUGGCGAGUUGUGCAAAAAUGGUGGUGAUGCUGCUUUGAAAUAUUAUGGGGAUGCCUUACGGGGCCUUUACCCAUUAUUUGGCGAAUCUGAGCCAGAUAAUGCGGUGAGAGACAAUGCUGCUGGUGCGGUGGCGAGGAUGAUAAUGGUCCAUCCAGAGACAAUCCCACUGAAUCAGGUGCUACCUGUUUUCUUGAAAGCUCUUCCUCUAAAAGAAGAUCACGAGGAAUCCAUGGCAGUCUACAGUUGCAUAUACCAUCUUGUUUUGUCAUCUAACUCUCAGAUCCUAUCUUUGGUUCCAGAGUUGGUAAAUGUUUUUGCCCAGGUUGCCAUGUCAUCUGUGGAAACCCCAGAAGUCAAGGCUAAUGUUGGAAGAGCAUUUUCUCACCUAAUUUCAGUUUAUGGUCAACAAAUGCAGCCUCUUUUGAGUAAUCUUUCACCUGCACAUGCUAAUGCCCUUGCAACUAUUGCACCUCAGAGCUGACAUGUAAAGAGCCUUAUGGGAGAGCAGUUUUCUUUAUCAGCUUAUUCUUUGGAUACUCAUCCAUGGUGGAAGAGCAGCUAAUUAGGCUGAUCACUUCCAGGUUUGUGCUUGUUUUAUUUGUGGUCGGGUGUCAAAAUUUUCCAUGGAGAUGCAAUGUCUUCCAUUUUGACAUAUUCUAUUGAAGAGUGUCUUGUCUUUCUACUUUCGGGGUGAUGGGAUGGAGGAGAAGUGGGGGAGGGGUUUGGGGUAGUUCUGUCAUAUAUAGAUGGUGUUAUUUAUAGGUUAUAAGGUGUCAAAGAAAAAAUUAGGAAAAGAAAAGGUGCUGGAAGUUAUGUUGUGUGAGGUUUUCGUUACAUAGUAUUUUUUGUUUAUUUUCCUCAAAAAAGUUCAGUGUAUAUCCACAAUUCUUUUGUUGUUUGAAGGCGGGGUUUACUGUGUAAUUUAUGACUUCUAUUUUUGGAAUGAAACUUUGUCAUAUUGUGUGUUCACAUUAGAGGUAGAUUUUGAAGAUAUUUCAGGACUGGAUCUGCCAGUUAAGCUUAUUGGGAUGAUUAAA